AUGAUAGGUGGUGUUUUAAUGCUAGAUAAAACUGGGAAUAAAGUACAUUUAAUGUACUUGAACUACUUGAGUAAUCUUCGAAGAACCAGUAGAUAUAGUUGGGGUUCAGCGUGUUUGGCUGUCUUGUACAGGGAGAUGUGUAGAGCAACUGAUGCAUGUGCAAAGACUAUGGGUGGAUGUGCUUCGUUGUUACAAUCAUGGGCAUGGUUUCGCAUGCAUUUUCUUGCACCCAUUUCAAGAGUUCCACCAACUUUCCCGCUAGUUUGCCAAUGGAGCGGUGGUCGAGUACUGAACUAUAGAAAUGUUCAUCAUAAUGAUUUAGUCGGAUAUCGAGCAAGGAUAGAUCACAUGCAACAAAAUCAGUUUAUUUGGGUUCCUUAUGAGGGAUUGGGCUCUAUCAUUGAUGUUGGAGCAUAUCGCGACCAAGCAAUAUGGACGUCAUGA